CGCAAACGUGUAUUACUAAAUGAGUAGCUAAAGAGGCUAACUUUUUUAAAAGCUACUCAUUGUGCAGGACGAAAUGCUCAAUAUAAUGACUUAAUUCAAUUGUGUUCCAUGUAUGAUUGGUUUCGUAUCGUUACUUGAUUGUGCUUCCUUAUGCCGAUUACGAUGUUGUUUGUCACGAUUCAAUUAGAUAUGUUUUUCUGCUUUAACUUAAUCAGCCUUCAAUCAACUUCUAAGCAAUCUGACCUAAUUAUCAAUUGAGUGUAGUCCUGGCAACCACUUUUUGAAGCUGAAUAUUGGUUCUACUAUUCUAAAUGUCUGCAACCUUUACAGCUCAAAUGUAUAGGUUUAAUCUCGUGAAACUACAUGUAUACAUAUAAGUACAAUCAAUAUUAUAUUAGCAUGUACUUGGAUCUUUAGAUAAUUCUGUCAAAGCAACCAAUUCUUCUUCUGGUGCAUUUUUACCCCCUAUCCGACUUCCUGUGAAAGGUAAACAAAUGGAGCUGAAGAUACUAAGCCGUAAAAAUCUUCCGAAAUGUAACCCUAAAUGGGCAUUUUUGCGUUCGAAAUGCCGAGACAAAAGAGGAAAUACAAUGUCCGGUUCCCACCGGGUCGUAUCAAGAAAAUUAUGCAGAAGGACACGGAGGUGGGGAGGAUUGCAGCUGCUGUGCCUGUUAUCAUAUCUAGGGCCCUUGAAAUGUUUUUAAAAUCAUUUCUCAUCAUGACCAGUCAGAUUACCCAGUCAAAGCACAGCAGGGUCAUGUCAAUGGCCCACAUGAAGCAAUGUAUAGAGAACGAGAAGCUCUUUGACUUCCUCAAGGACUUGGCAGAGCAGGCCACGGCCCCAGCCUCCCAGGGAGAAGGGCGUGUGAAGGGGAAAUGGCUGGCUCACAGGAAACGAUGGCAAGACAUCAGCUCAAAGCAGCAUGGGGAAGCAGAAAGGUCAAGCAGGCCCAAGAAUGACUCUUUGGGCAACACUGAACACUCAGAUGACUCUGGCUCAGAACUUCUCAUCAGUCUGGGAGCAAAGCUGCAACAUCAUCACUGAACAGAAUCGACCACUGACUUCUAGCCCGCUCAGUUCUUUUCUAUUCUAACCCCCACAAAAUAGUCAUCUGCAAUAUUACUUGCUUGUAUUUAUUGAGCGCAGAAUGUUAUGUCACUAGUAAUAUUUGAAUUGGACUUGGUCUGUUUUGCUCGAAAGAUGGGUAGGCUGCUGUCCAUGACAAUAUGGUGGUUGUGUAAAAGGGCCUAUUAGCCCCAUACAAAUUGAAAUAAUUCUAUUUUUUUUUACAAAAUAACCUGUGGUAACCUGUUUUUUUGUUUUAAUUUAUUGUUCUAUGUAGUAUUUUAUUGUUGUGUCUGUGUGACGCAAUGGCAUUUAAAUUAAUGUAUAAAAAUGAAUCAAUGAAAUGAAUUUUGUGACAUUCUGAUGAAGUCUUAAUAGGAAUAGCUUGAUAUCCAAAUUGUAUAUGGGUAAUUCAGGUUUUAGCUCAAACCCUUAUUUUUGUGGACAAAGUUGUUUCAUAUUUUUGUAUUCUAUGAAUGGAAUGUUGAUUCUCUUGGUUCAGACAUUGGUUUGUUUUGGUGUUUUGUGAAAGUACAUUUAUAAUGGGAAUGUGAAAUGGCGUUUUUUUUUUUUUUUUUUUUUCUUCAUUUAAAUGUCUAUUUACCUUCUGAAGUUUGCAUGACCAGAGUUGGGGUACUUUUUUUUAUUUUAUUUUUUUUUUGCUGAGUUUAGAAACGUUAAAAGAAAAAUGAUCACAAUGAACUGUCAUUAUUGCAUUAUUGACUGAUUAUGAAGAAUUACUUCUUUAUAUUUAGGGCGUUACCUCUCUUUUCAGUAAAAUCAUUACAAGAAGACUUCUGUACUUCUAAUGAAUAUAAGUAUGUUCAUUUGUACAAAUUUGUAUUUUAAUUCAGAAAUUAGCUUAUGUUAUUUGAUUGCAUUUCAGAUUGACAAUUUUGCAGAUGGGUCUAUUUAAUUGUACUUCAUUUUCACUUUUAUAGUCCUGCUAUUUGGUACAAAAAUAUUUUAAAGGCUCAAAUCAUAUUGUGUAGAUGUCAUGACAAAAUAAAUGACAUACAUUUAUACAUUUCAGCUUGAUAUAAGGAUACAUUCAUAUGCAGGGUUUUCAUGAUUGAAGCUCAUUUUGGAAUCUAGAUCUCAGCACAAAACUAAACAUGUAAAAUAUUGUGUAGAUAAAUAUCUCAGUCUAGAUGAGACUGAAAAAUUGUAUCAAAUAAAGUGUAUAUUUCAAUGACAAA